AUGAAUAAUUUUUAGAACUAACCUCCCACAAUGUCAAGAGUUGUCCCUCCCUUUCCAAAUUAAUAGUAGGCCCUCCAGAUUGAGAACGCCUCACUCAAGGCCCAAGUUUAAAAGCUAUCAGAUGAAUUGAAAGAGUCCCAAAUGAAGAAAACUAAACUCUAACAAGAAAAGCAAGAGCUAGAAAGCAAAAACCAAGUCUUGUAAUCCUAAUUAAAUCAAAGAAAUUAGAAUUCCAACAAUCCUUAGUUACAUUUUAUUUUAUAUUUUAAUAGAAAUUCCAAUGAAGACUAAUAAUUAAAAGAUAAAUGUAUAGAACUACAAUUACAUAACCAAGAUUUGCUGUAGAAAAUAACCCACUUAUCUAAAGACAAAGAGGACAAGCAGUUAGUUGAGAUGAAGGUAGCAUUUACAAUUUAAGCCUAAGUCCUAUUUACAGUACUCGCAAAAUGUUUAGGAAGAGACUAUUUAUUUGAAGUGGAUCCAGAAAAUAGUUAACUUAUAAAUCUAAUACCAAAGACAAGAGAAAAUUGUUGAGAUUAAAGGAUGUGGAGAGAUUUAAAAUAAAAACGUUAUUUUCUAAUUGUAAUGUGAAUUGUCCAAGAUCCCUAUAGGGGAUUCGGAACCACGGAUAAUAUUCAAUGGGCGUGAGUUACAUUUAAUAUACCAAAUUUGAAAUUUAAUUAAAAAAAAU